AUGAUCUCCGAAAUAAGCUUCAAUAGCCUGUGCAUUCAAGAGGGGCUCCAAGAAGAAUUCGGAACAAGCAUUGUUGAGCACAAAGAUAGUUCUAGCAGUGUCACCACCGUUCUUGAGACUCUACCAUCGUUUGAAAGCAUGGAUACCCUGGAAGCGAUGCCAAAGAAGGGCAUCCUGAAGGCAACGAGCUGCAUCCCCCCAAGCGCCAUCGAGACACACAUUCACGUUUGGGUGCAACAGCCCAUUCCCGGUUCCCUACCCUCAACUACUUCACGAAGGCAAAGGAGACGAGGUCACGGAGAGACAACUUUCAACAGGUAUGAUCGAGUCAAGACGACUCGCUUCCCUCUUUUGGAAGACGAUCGCGACAGAAGAAGACACAAAAUGAAACAAGAGCGAGUGCGAAAACAGCAUCCAAAGAAGACUGUUGACGAGCAGUGGGUGUUAACCUGCAAGUUCUUGUGGUGA